AUGACUCACAAGGUAUUCGGAUGGCUGAUCGCCCUGGCCCUUUCCGAGGGAGUCUGGGGUGGCCCUACUCAACUGCCAUCCGGCUCUCGUAUCACUAUCGGCUACCGACGCGUCCAUCCUAAUCAAGCCGCAAAAUACAAGGAAGCCGGUACUCUUACCGAUGAUCCAAUAACAGGCCACACGCAAAUUGGCGAAGGCGUCUAUCUGACAGCCGGGUAUGGACAGUGGGAGGGGCACGCAGGAGACGUCGACUGCGCUGUCACUGCUGACGAGGAAGAAUUCCGCACAGUGCCCAAGGUUAUCCUCCCUGACGAGCAAUUGUUGGACACGACUCAUGAGGAAAUUGAUGCAUACAUCAAAAGCCAGGAUAGCAGCUGGGACCCCCUAAAGACCAUACGAAUAUCACAUAUCCCCAAGUAUGGAGAUGGAACGGUAGCUCAGAUGGCUAUACCGCAAGCAUUGCUUAAUUCCCGCGGCGGCAGUCUCCAGAUCCAAGUCGACUGCGAGGACGCCCAAGGUCCAACCGUGGACUAUGGCCAAUGGGAAAAUACCAAAGGAGACGCCAGCAUCAUGCCUGCAAGAGCCGAUUCCAACAAAAUAUUCGAUCUAUCCAACGAACUAGAUGCAUCCAGAGACCUGGUUGAACAGGUAAGCUCCCCAGAGCACAUUGCUCAACUGGAGCUACGCGCAACAAACGCCAUGUACACGGCCAGAGAAGGCGUCAGACACUACGUCAAGACUGCAGAAGAAUGCAAGGGCGACAGCGUUCUAAAAGGUCUCUGUAAGGACCAAAUCAAGUAUUACUUGCAAGACAGGCAGGCAUAUGCAAGAUUCUUGAUCAGGGCAGCCGAGCGGUCAUUUGAAAUGCUCACAACGCCCCUCAACGCAGUCAUCGACGAUGCAGCGAGGCAGCGCGCCAUUCAGGCCUUGCAGGAAUGGGCAACCAGACUGCAAAGACAGGUGGAUGCCAGAGCGAAGAAUCUGGAAGCUCUUAAAAAGGGCGAACCUGUGAAGGGGCUCGACGACCCCAAAGAGCGGGAUAUAGAAAAGACGGCGCUUAAGCGCGAAUUAAAGGCCAUGAAGAAGAAGUUGAGCAAGUUAGUAGACAAGGCUGCUACCUUUGGGGCCAAAGCAGAGCAGGGCAGCGUUCCGCCUAAAGAGGGUCAGAAGCAGACCAAACUUCAACAGUUGCGCGAGUGGUUACAAAAGAAUAAGAAUAGAUUUUUCCCUUCGGGCGACGGCGACAAGGACGAGUAUGAACCUACCGCUGGCAAGGACGACAAGGACCCGUCGCGGCGAGAGGCCUGUGUAAAGGAGCAAUAUAGCGGCGAUGCCAGCCAGGCGUUUGAAACGGCCUACACCGUCAUAGAGGAACGUGAUGACGAGGACCGAAUUUGUCCAGAAGGACAAGAGGGCGCAGCGGCGUGUGCAGCGGCCAAGUUCAAGGGAGACGGCCAAGCGGCGUUUUCCGAUGCCUAUCAGCUGCUCAAGGCAAUAGACAGCUUGGAACUAGUCUGUCCACCGCCAGACACUGCCGGAGACGCACCCGGCGGCAGUAGCCCAGCAGCAGACUUGGCAGGUCUUCGCAGCGAAGGAUGGCGGCUUUUCGUACAACAAGCCCUCGGCCUGGGAUAUACCCGCGAGCGUCUGGUGCACAUUUUAGACCGAGGCGUCGGCCUGUUGCAACUGGACAAUCCCCGGCUCUACGACCUCCUCCGCCAGCAUCCCGCCGCGUUCAACGUCCUGCUCGGAUUGCGCAGAGACGGGGUGCGGCUCUCGUCGUGUCUUCCCGACGGACGCCUCCAACGCCGGGCCAACGGCGCGGGACAAUCCAGCGAUCAUUGCGAAAUCGUGCGUGCCAUGACGAGCGGGAAACAGGCGGACAACGCGACCCCGAACGAUGACGGAAAACAGCCGCCGACGAAGCAGGAGCCGCCGAAAGAACCGGAAAACAAGUUCCACGACCAAGUGAAGAAAUUGCAACAUGUAUCCUCGGGCGACGGCUCGUGGACGGGCGGAAUCCUAGGCGCUUUUUUUGCAGGGCCUCUAUUCGCGGGGUCCAUUCUCGCUACGUCGCCCGAGGUGGUCGCCCUCAUUGGAGAGCUCGGCGCCAGUCUCGGGCUGGCGGGGACCGCGGCCGGGAGCUUCUCCGAGUCAUCGGCCGUGGGUGGGGCCUUGUCGGCGGUGCGAUCGGCGGCCGCACGAUCGGUUGGUUCCAUCUUGCGGAGGACCAUUGGGCGGCUGAAUUACCUGGCGCACCGGGCCAUUAACCCCGUCGUGAGGAGGAUCGUGAGCGACGCCGUGCGGGCUGGCACACGGGCGGCGGAGCGGGCGCCUUUGCUGGGAGCUGGCAGUUUGGUGCACUAG